AUGCAUCCAGUACAGACGAACGGCAUCGUACGCAUCAGAAAGCGGACUGCCAACUCGUUGUUCAUGCACAAUGAGAUGACGAUCCACCUGUCCAGCCCCGACGACCGCAUGGUAGCAAAUGGACCGCAAUCGUCAGCCGUUGCACGCGCUACUGCCGCACUUUGGCUGGCCAGCCUGAGCCGGUGUGAAAGACCGUACCUGGGCGACGAGGGAACGUCCUGCUAA